UAUCUCUAAAAACCUGCUGCUGCUAUCUCACUCAUCACCCACUUUCUCCGCCGGCCCCACCACCUCCUCCGCCUCCAUCCCCACCGUCGCCUCCUCGAUCUCGACGCACCACGUUGCGACAACUGUUCGGGCUCCCCACCAUCACCCAAAGUUGGAGAAAAAGCGCCAUUAAAAUAUCCUGCUCUUUUCUACGCCAAUCCAGAUUUGAGUUAGCUGCAAUUUUCUGUGUGGAUAGAUUUUUGUUGAGUUGAUUCCAGGGGAGGAGCGUUUCCGGUGAAUUUAAGGCUGUUGGAUUGGAAGCCGAUCUGAGCUGAGGGUGUUGGAAUUCAAUUGGUUGCUUGGUUGUUGGUUCUUCGAAAGUUUUUUGAGCUGGUGGAUGGCGAUGUGCCGUCGGCGUAGGUCCUUGAAUUUGAUAAAUUUUUUGGGGUUUAGGGAUUUGUAUUGGUAACAUAGGGAGGAGAAUUUUGGAAAUUUGUUGGGAAUUAUGUUUCGGUAGGCCUGAAUUGCUCUGAUUUUGGAUCCUUGGUUGAUAAGGUUUUUGGACGUGCAACUAUGGCGUUUCUGUAGUACUGACAAAUUUGGGGGUUUUGUUGGAAGUUGGAACCCUAAUUUUGUAAGAAUCAUUAGGCGUUGGUUGUUGGUGCAAGAGAUGGAGAAGAGUGAUAUAGGGAAGAGUGGGGAGGGAUUUAUUGAUAGAAGUAAAGUGAAAAUUCUGCUGUGUGAUAAUGAUGACAGAAGCUCUCAGGAAGUUUUUACACUUCUUUGUAAAUGUUCUUAUCAAGUGAUUUCUGUGAAGUCUCCGAGACAAGUGAUUGAUGCCCUAAAUGCUGAGGGUCUGGAUAUAGAUCUUAUUCUUUCGGAAGUCGACCUUCCGAUGUCUAAAGGUUUGAAAAUGUUGAAGUAUAUUCGUAGGGACAAAGAGUUGCGGCGCAUCCCUGUGAUCAUGAUGUCAGCUCAGGACGAGGUCCCUAUAGUUGUCAAGUGCCUGAAAUUCGGCGCUGCUGACUAUCUUGUGAAACCGCUGCGCACAAAUGAGCUGUUGAAUUUGUGGACUCACAUGUGGAGAAGAAGACGAAUGCUAGGACUAAUGGAGAAGAACAUUGUAAGUUAUAGUUUUGAUCUGGUUGUGUCAGACCACAGCGACGCUAAUACCAACAGUACGACGCUGUUUUCGGACGAUACCGACGAGAAGUCUCUAAAGAGUACGAACCUAGAGGCAUGUGUCGUAGCUCACCAAGAAGACGAGGCUAUUACCAGGGCUGUUACGCCGAUGAUUUUAACAAAUGGAGCUCGUCCACAUUGUCAACCCGAUGUUCCGGGGAUAAGCGACAGACGGACAGGACAUAUCUCGUCUUUUCCGAGGAAGAGUGAGCUGAAGAUAGGCGAGUCGUCUGCCUUCUUCACGUACAUUAAAACGAGCGCGUCGAAAAGCAAUAACCAAGGCGCUUCUUCCGUUACGCUACAACAAAUCACGACUUCAGACACCCCCGUCCCGAGAGGUCAACUCUGUCCCGACGCACGAGUAAAAGACAAAAAUGUGUCCGUAGAAAGGAACGAUGUUCGCGCAAACGACAGCCCGAGCACGACCAGUUUAUCGACCGAAGAGGGGUCGGGAAUAUCCCACCGGGGUGUCUCGAAGGAGUCGCCAGUUGUCGUCGGGGGUUACCCCCACGGCACAUACCCGUACCACAUGUCGAUGAUGCCGUUACCGUCUCUGCCGAGCGACGCUGGUCCGGGUUUCCUACCUCACUAUAACCAAAUUCCGGGGACAGCGUCGUACCCGUUUUACCCCUUCGGGAUAUGCCUCCAACCGGGUCACCAUCCACCUCCGCCGCCACCGCAGCCAUGGCCGUCAUACGGAGACCCAUCAAACGAAGCGGCAGCGACAACGAAACUCGAUCGUCGAGAGGCAGCAUUGAUCAAGUUCCGGCAGAAGCGCAAGGAGAGAUGCUACGACAAGAAGAUCAGGUACGUCAAUCGGAAGAAACUCGCCGAGCGAAGGCCCCGACUGCGCGGCCAGUUUGUCAGGAAGGUUAACGGCAUCGAUGUGGAUCUCAACGGCCGACCGGCUUCGACUGAAGAUGACGACGAGGAAGAAGAUGAAGAAGAUCAGCAAACGGGGUUGGAGAUCUCGACCGGGAGUUGAUACUUCAACGCCCUGACUAUGAACACUCGGCGCUAUCGUAUGAUCAGUCAGGACGAUAGGACAUCGAUCGAUGGCGCUCGUUCGACGGCGAUUUGGAGAAAAUUAUUGUCGGAAUUACGGCAAAUUGUUACGUAAGAUCGGCAUUUGUUUUAAGAAAUUGUUUGUCGUGCUAUGCAACAUUUAAUUAUUAUCCUUUCAUGGUAGAAAAUGAUAUUGUGUUGAUCGGCCCUAAUCAGCAAGAUACGUUCGAUUAGAUUAUACCGUUGGAUCAAUAUUGCAUCUGACGGUCUAGA